AUGCAUAGAGUUGUUCUUGAGGAAGAUGACCCUAAAAUAGAGUUUGUCCAGUAUGAAGCUGUAUUUUACAACAAAAACUCAGACAACGAUGGAUACACAAGGGACAAGGUAUUUUACAAGACAAAUGGGAAAUGGCUGAUGGAUAAGCCCAACCUUAUAGGAAAGUCGGACAAUACAACAUUAUUAAAAAUUAAGAACACACCCCUAGAAUCAGUAAAUUACGUAAACGCUUACCUAGCUAAUAUCGGGAAUAAACUUGCGGACGAGAUAGGAAUAUCUAACAUAGGUGUAAAGACGCUUGAGGAAGAAGAUACAAAUUUAACUUCACUUUGUUUACUGGAUACAGAUGUUGAUGAGGUUCAUAAAGUUAUAUCCAAUCUGAAAGAGGACAGUGCUCCCGGAUGGGAUGUUACUAAAAAACCAUCCAGUUUUUCAGAAUUGGAAGAAAUAAAACCAGCCGCUAAGAAAAAUAAAUGUUUCGGCAUAUCCAAAGUACCUGGGAGAGAUGUAUGUUCUGAUGACGUAAUUUAUGAGGAGAACUUUGACACAUUUCGCGAAGAUUUCUGGAACAUUGAUCAGUAUAUUCCCUAUGAUCAUCCGGAACAUCCCUUCAUAUCUUAUCAGAAGUUGGAAGGUGCUAACUCAACAGUUUUUGUAGAAAAUGGUUCACUCUAUAUUCGGCCAAAAUUCCAGCAAAACUUACCCGGGUUUGACGAAAGUAGUUUGUACAAGGGGACUUUGGACCUGACCAGCCAUGAUGGGGUCAAAUUUGUCAGUCAAUCUACAUUUGCAUUCAAAUAUGGUACAAUGCAUGUUAGAGCAAAACUACCUAUCGGCGAUUGGCUCUACCCUGAAAUCCUUUUAGAAUCGCUAUACAAUAAAUAUGGAAGUUUACAUUACUCUUCUGGAAUAUUAAAAAUAGCCAUGGUCAGAGGUAAUACUGAGCAAAAUAAACCAAAGUUUAAUAGUCAGGUAUUAAAAGGAGGUCCCGUUUUCAACUCACAUUGUUGGGGUGCGUUUGAUUUUUACUCUAAAAAACCAUCCGAUGGUCGAUCGUGGGGGGAUGACUUUCACAAUUAUUCAGUAACUUGCUCACCAGAACCUCCUCCUUUUAUAAGAAAGUUAAAUAAAUGGGUUUCAGCAUCAAUAAAAAUUGUAGUGGAUGGAAAAACUUGGGUCCCAUUUAAACCGGGCUCUGGUGGCCUCAAAUCUUGGCUACCGAGAAACUGCAGAGGGGACUGGUACAAACUGUUGGACGGUGCUCCCAAAAUUGCACCUUUUGAUGAUUACUUUUACAUUACCUUCGGAGUGGCUGCUGGCGGCUUCUUCGAAUUCCCAGAUGAUCUGGUGACUGGUGAUGGAACACCUAAACCGUGGAAUAAUGGCGAUCCCAAAGCGGUUUAUAACUUCUGGGAUAAAAGAGAUGAAUGGAUCGACUCGUGGGAUGAUCCUGAACUAGUUAUAGAUUAUGUGAAAGUUAUAGCUUUAAGUAGAAGAAAUAGCUAUAAUAAUUAGUUUAGUAUGAAACUGUUCGAGGAAUAGCAGAAACUUAUUUGUUUAACAGCAGAAUUAAAGAA